UGCAAUUCCCACUCCAACCUGAGAGAAGCAGCAAAACGCGUCUGGGCUGCCAAAAACGCUGAAGAAGAAGAAUCCUGAAAACCACUAGUCUAAAAACACACAAGUGUCCAUGGCUUCAGCCUGCGUCCAGCUGUGUCAAAGAUGCGCUUCUUUAUCGUGCUCAAGGACUAUGGGUAUAAUCACCCUGAAGUAUUCCACCCACACACAUUGUCCCGUAGCCCUGCGGAGUGCUUUCAGUGUUCCAGUCCUGCUCUCCGUUCUCCACAGAAGACGGAACCUGACGCAGAGUUUUAAUUCAGGAGUGCGGAGUUUCUGCGAGUUUCAUGCCAAGGUCCAACCAUCUCAGAAGACACACAGGGAUACUGAUGAGUCACCCGGCGAUAGUCUGGUGCCAUAUCAGAAUCAACUCCGAGACGGAGGAAUGCCAUUGAAUGAGUGGGAGACAGCUCUAGAUCUGGAUGACAUUCCGGCCCACUCUGCAUUAGAAAAAAUCAGUGAUAAGGAGGCGGUCCAAAUAGACAUCCCAGCCACCCUGCCUCCAGUCUCCAUCACACUCAAAGACUAUGUGGACCAGUCAGAAACACUCCGCAGCCUUGUACUGCUAGGCGUCCAACUAUGGAAAUUGGAGCAGAGGCCGAAUGUUGGCUCCAUGUUGCUGAAACUGGACUUCCAGACAGACGUGGUCCCCCGGCUCACGUUUCUGAGGCAGCUGGGAGUGGAGGACUCUCGGCUGGGCUACCUGAUCAGUCACAACCCCUUCAUCCUUACGGAGAGCCUGGAGAACUUGCAGGCCAGGGUAGCGUAUCUUAGGUCCAAGAAGUUCAGCGCCGAGUCUGUAGCCUCGAUGGUGUCCAGAGCUCCAUACCUUCUAAACUUCAGCGUAAAGAGGAUUGACAACCGCUUGGGAUUCUUCCAACAACAACUAGGCCUUAGUGCUCAUAAGACCCGGGAUGUUGUUGCUCGCCUUCCCAGACUUCUGUGUGGAAGUUUGGAGCCAGUUAAGGAGAAUUUAAAGGUUUGCAAACUGGAGAUGGGUUUCCGUGAAAACGAGCUCCAGCACAUCGUCACAGUAAUCCCCAAAGUUCUUACAGCUAACAAGAGGAAACUGACUCAGAUAUUUGACUACAUACACAACACCAUGAACAUUCCUCAUAAUCUGAUUGUUAAAUUCCCACAGGUCCUGAAUGCAAAGUAUCUUCGUAUCAAAGAGAGACACUUGUUCCUCCAGUACCUGGAAAAGGCUCAGUAUGAUCCGGCCAAGCCUAACUACAUCUCUCUAGAAAAGCUAGUCGCUCUGCCAGAUGAGGCCUUCUGCACUGAAGUAGCUUCAGCCACACUAGAGGACUUUGAGCUUUUUCAAAAGACAAUGUAGUUUAUAAAAGUCAAAAUGUAUGUGUAUAUGUUUGUUUGUGAAUAAAGAUGUUGAAA